AAAGGAAAGGGGAGAGGUCAGAGCGGCGGAGAGAGAGAUGAAGGAGGCGACGACGUCGGGGGGCGCGAGCGCCGGGGCGAACGACCCGAGGCAGCCGACGACGGCGAGGCCCUACGCGCCGCCGAAGCUGUCGUCGCAGGACCUGCCCGUCGACUACGCGGGCUUCCUCGCCGUCGUCUUCGGCGUCGUCGGCGUCAUGAUGCACUACAAGGUGUGCUCGUGGAUCGCGAUCAUCUUCUGCGCGCAGUCGCUGGCGAACAUGAAGAACUUCGAGAAUGAUCUCAAGCAGCUCUCCAUGGCUUUCAUGUUUGCUGUUAUGGGUUUGGUGACGAAUUAUUUUGGCCCCCCUCGUCCAGGCAGUGCAAAGCGCUAAUCUGUAUGCACACCAUUACUGCAUGAUGUAUCCUGUUCAGUUGUGGUGCACCGAAGGCAUUGGCGUGGUGAUGCUUGCAUUUCUGAGUCAUUGAUUUGAGAGCGCACCAAGUGUACCACCUCAUCAUCAGUUAGGGACCAAGACAUGUAUUAUGAUGCUCAUUAAUUUGUUUGCACUUGUUGUUCCAGUUUUGUUAUACAGAAGAGAGAUAUUCAAUCUUUUUGGUCAAAGAGGUUUUGCCUA